CGCGGCCAGAGGCGGCCCCGGAAACUGAAAGCUGAAAGGGUCGUAGUUCCCGACUAGCUCCAUCCUCCUUUGGCAGUGCCAACGCCCAAAUCUGCGGGAGUUCUGCCAGUCCAGAGCAGAUUGACACUUCGAAUCCAGAGCAGUGAGGAAUGGCCCUGGCUCCGUGCAACUGCGGCACUGGCGAGUCGCGAAGUCUGCGAAGGGACUGCACUCUGCGGCCCCGUCCUGGGUUUGGUGAAGGAGAUGAGCUGCCGUGGAACACAGGGGGAGGCAUCCACUGCCCAGUGGUGAUGGAGCCGGGCCGGCGAACCACGGCCCACCUGGCUGGCGCCGUUCUGUGUUCUGCGCCUGUUCCCAGCGCCGCCGGGAACGUCUUGCUCGGUGGUUUGGGGGCGACGGACAGCACAAGUGCAAGCAGCUAGCACCAGCACCACGAGCUUGGGAAGAAAGAAGAGAGGUUGGGUGGAUAAUAUAAAUCAUACACAUGUGUGGAUUACUCAGACUUCAUGGCCUUGGGGAUUGGAGAGCUAUUAACAUGGAUGUGUUCAGUCAUCCAAGUGUGAGAAGCUGAGGGUCACGGGUUCAAAGGUGCUGUCGUGGCGCAGUGGCAGGGAUAGCAUGCAAAUAGCACAGACGUGCACAAUUGUGCACAUACUUCGGAGUUGUCCCAUGUUUUCCCGCAAUGUUGUAUGCAAUCAUGGACUUGGUCGUUUGAGAUUUCUUUUCGCUUGCUGGCAAGCCUCAUUUCCCCACUCCGGGAAGGCCGUGGGGCCUCUCUGUCGCAUCCAAGGACGAGCGUGGCUGAGAUCACCGCGACUGGGGCAGUGACCACGGUCAAGACCACGGGCACCCGUACAAGCACCAGCACCAGCACCAUGACCACCACAGACACUUUGAGUCACCAGCACACCAGACCACCCUGCGCUCAACGCGCUCGUGGGACUGGGCCUGAGCUCUUGAAAGCUGCACGCUGGGAACGUGAGCUUUUGCGAAUGCCUCGGCAGUGGGCCAAGUGAAGAUGCACAAUGAGACGGGAAGCACUUCAACAUGAGAAGAUGUUAUGUGGGUAGCUCAGGUCCUGAGGUGUGUAGGAGAUUCUUUUCAUGGCAGAGUUUGCGGUUUUUUUGAGCCAAGUCGUCACUGGAUGCUGGUGAAAAUAGCUGACUGGCUCGCUCCACACAUGGACCCUCAAUGUGGCAGGGCUCGGAUCCAUUGGCGUCCACGAAUGACCGCGUGGCAUGUCCAGGAGUGGCAUCGCAAACCUGUAGGACCAACAGGAGUUGACGCCCAAACCCA